CGGCAGCUGCCGCGCCUGCGCUCCACUGAACCGCCCGGGGAGGCGGAGGCGGCCGAGGGGGACCGGGCGUUGGGUGACGGGCGCGGGGCCCCGCUGGUUGCCCGGCUCUGCCGCCUCCAGCUCCGCAGGCACGAUCGGCAGCACCCCCCGCAGAUCGGAGCUCUUGACACCCGUGUUGGCGGCGCGGAGAGAGGAGGAUGCGGUCGGCGGAGCGGCAGCGGGCGGCACUUCCCCGCGGCGGGUGGGCUGCUCGCGAGGCCCCGGCGGGCAGCUGCUGAGCGCGGUGCCGCGGGCAUGCUGCGGCGGGGGGCAGGAGCCGACGGCAGCGGAGCGAGACUGAGGGAGGAUGGAGCCACAAAGGACUUUGGCUGACACGUGCGGCUAGGGCCACCCCUUUCCCUCCCUCCUCCCCUCCCCGCUAUGUUGCGCUCCUGCCGGGCCCCUCAGCGCGCUCGACGCACGGCGGCGAUGAAGCCUGCCAGGCUCCUCUGAGGCCACGGCCGGACCCAGCAUGGCCUCUGCAGGGACCCCGGCGCAGAGGCGCCCCGGGGCGGAGCGGACGGCGGUAGCGGCGGGGGGCCGGGCGGAGGCGCCGCGGGGCCGCAGCCUGCCCGCGUCCGGCGGGGCGGCGCCGCUGGGCCGCGGGGCCGCGCUCGGCUCCCCCCUGGCGGCCGGGGGGGGCGGCGGCGGGACUCCUCCGAGCCCCUCCGCGGGACCGGCUCCCGAGGACGAACGGGCCGGGAGCGCCAGCGGGAGCUUCUCCUGGAGGACAGAGCGGGGCCGGCCGGCGGUGCCCGGGCGCGGGGUGUCCCCGGGGCCCCCGCUGCCGCCGCCACCGGUGCUGCUGGCGGGCCCCCCGGGCAGAGCGUGCCUGCGGGCUGUGCUGGCGGACUCGCGCUUCUUCCUGGUGUGCAUGUGCUUCCUGACCUUCAUCCAGUCCCUCAUGGUCUCCGGCUACCUGAGCAGCGUCAUCACCACCAUCGAGCGGAGAUACAGCCUCAAGAGCUCGGAGUCAGGGCUGCUGGUCAGCUGCUUUGACAUUGGGAGCCUGGUGGUGGUGGUCUUCAUCAGCUACUUUGGGGGGCGUGGACGGAGGCCGCUCUGGCUGGCUGUGGGGGGGGUUUUCAUCGCCCUUGGGGCUGCACUCUUCUCCUUACCUCAUUUCAUCUCUCCACCAUACCAGAUCCAGGAAUUGAACUCCUCUGUCAGUAAUGAGGGCUUGUGUGUGACUGGCAAUGGCACCGCCAAAGAGCAGUGGGAGUCGCCAGCCUGUGUCAAGGACUCCGGUGGAAAUGACCACUCUCUCUAUGUAGCUUUAUUCAUUUGUGCCCAAAUCCUCAUUGGCAUGGGCUCCACACCCAUCUAUACCUUGGGACCAACCUACUUAGAUGACAAUGUCAAGAAAGAAAACGCCUCGCUUUACCUAGCCAUCAUGUACGUAAUGGGAGCACUCGGUCCUGCAGCUGGAUACUUGCUAGGAGGACUUCUUAUUGGUUUCUAUGUUGAUCCUAGGACAACUGUUUAUAUUGACCAGAGUGACCCAAGAUUCAUUGGAAACUGGUGGAGUGGAUUUCUCCUUUGUGCCAUUGCAAUGCUCCUUGUGAUAUUUCCCAUGUUUACCUUUCCGAAAAAACUCCCUCCUCGCCACAAAAAAAGGAAAAAGAAAAAGAAGAUGAACUCUGAUGAUGUUUCAAGUGAUGAUGAAGUGAUGAAAGAGAAAACAAAUAGUAAAAUACAAACAGACAGUGCAGUUCCUGCCUCUAUGGGAUUUGGAAAAAAUGUUAAAGAACUUCCAAGAGCAGCUGUCAGGAUCUUAAGCAACAUGACAUUCCUUUUUGUGAGUUUGUCAUACACAGCUGAGAGUGCCAUUGUCACAGCUUUUAUUACCUUCAUUCCCAAGUUCAUCGAGUCACAGUUUGGCAUCCCAGCUUCCAAUGCCAGCAUCUACACUGGUGUGAUUAUUGUUCCAAGUGCUGGUGUUGGUAUUGUCCUUGGUGGCUACAUUAUAAAAAAACUGAAACUUGGUGCGAGAGAGUCUGCAAAGUUGGCUAUGAUCUGCAGUGGUGUAUCUCUGCUGUGCUUUUCAACUCUCUUCAUUGUUGGAUGUGAAAGCAUUAAUCUAGGGGGAAUAAAUAUACCUUACACUACUGGUCCCACUCUUGCCAUGGCCCACAGGAAUCUGACUGGGAGCUGUAAUGUUAACUGUGGAUGUAAGAUUCAUGAGUACGAGCCUGUCUGUGGAUCAGAUGGAAUAACAUAUUUUAAUCCUUGCCUAGCUGGCUGCAUCAGUGGUGGAAAUCAUAGCACAGGGGUAAGAAAUUACACAGAAUGUGCCUGUGUCCAGAGUCGCCAGGUGAUCACUCCACCCACGGUGGGCCAGCGUAGUCAGCUCCGGCUGGUCAUUGUCAAAACCUACCUGAAUGAGAACGGCUAUGCUGUUUCUGGGAAGUGUGAUCGAACCUGCAACACGCUUAUCCCGUUCCUAAUAUUUCUCUUCAUUGUUACCCUCAUAACAGCAUGUGCCCAGCCAUCAGCAAUCAUAGUGACACUCAGGUCUGUAGAAGAUGGGGAGCGGCCCUUUGCACUAGGAAUGCAGUUUGUUUUAUUACGAACUCUUGCUUACAUUCCCACUCCAAUUUAUUUUGGGGCUGUUAUUGACACCACGUGCAUGCUUUGGCAACAGGAUUGUGGCAUACAAGGAUCUUGUUGGGAAUACGAUGUCACCUCGUUUCGUUUUGUCUACUUUGGACUGGCAGCUGCUCUCAAGUUUGUGGGAUUCUUUUUUAUUUUCCUGGCCUGGUAUUCCAUUAAGUGCAAAGAAGAGCAGCUUCAGAGACAGAGAUGGAGGGCUUCACCGGUGAACACUGUGAGUGAGAUGGUUGGCCAAACUGGACCCCAACAAAACUAUGCACGGACUAGAUCCUGCCCUACCUUCAGCUCCCGAGGGGACAUCAGUGUGGCACAACGAAUGAAUUGCGUAGCACAGACAUACCCUGGCCCUUUUUCAGAAGCAAUAAACUCCUCGUAUGAAAAUGCAUUGGAAGAAGUCACUGCUGAGAUAUAGACCCCUGGCUUGGUAAUGUAGUCUUUAGUUUUGUUGGUUGACUUACUUAUGGCGCCUUGUAAAACACCUGUGCCUUCUAUUUUUAACCUAGAUGUAACAUGUGAUAAAACCAACAAAGCUUAAUGCAAACAACCAUAGUAUAUUCCUGAGGGCUGGAUACCUCAUACCAACCUAAGCUCUUAUUUCUCCCCUCCCAACAAUGGAGUUUUAAAAAUUCUGUUUGUAAUUAUUUCAGAUGUGUCCAUUAAAUGUCCAUGCUCUGAUCUAAUAUCAGUGUAAGGGUGAGGUACUGUGGACAAUAGAAGUCAGUGAAAGAGUGACAAAAACUCAUAUCAUUAAUGUCUAGACGUCACAAAAACGCUUAAAUGUAUCGUCAACUUCAUAUCCACAAAUUGUAUUUUUAAGAGAUGAGGAAUUACUGUGAGUUCUGCUACGAAGCACAACUGAACUUGUUUAAACUAUGCAACUUAUUUGGACAAUUGUAUGUGCAGCAAAUUGAGUUUAAAGUUUGCUUUUAAAAACAUUACUGCAACUGAACUGAAAGGGGCUACUUUCAGACAUAAGCAUUAAAUUUUAAAAGAACAUAAGGUUUAAAGUACUGUUACUAACAUGUUAAGCCAUACAAAAGUUGUGUAUCAGGUAACAUUUGCAAAAGUUGAGUCAUAAUAUUUUUAUCCUGUCAAAAUGUGCAUUAAUUUUCAAUGUAGUCAUUCUUCACAAAGUACACAGGCUAGGAAAAUAUAAUGCUUGGAGUAAAAAACUUCAGUAUUAAUUUAUAAUAACAUUAAGAUGUAGGAAUCACACACACAUACCAGAGCAGAUAUGUGCAUAUUUCUGUCGUGUUAUCUGGGGAGCUAUUACUAGCAUCAGAUCCAUACUUUUCCUGAAGAAGAAAAUAACUGGGUAUAGCUUGAUAAGAAGAACUUGGCUGUG